AUGGAGCACUAUCGGUCUGGGCCGCCCGGGGGCCAUGCUAUGAUCAGGGAAUCCUAUCGCUGGGCGGAGGAGGAGGGUGGUGUUUACGGAGAAGGCGCUAGCUUCUCGAGCUCGGGGCAUAACGCGCGGGACGCUGCCCACUCCCCUGAAGCAAGUGUUGAGGACCUGAUGGAAUAUCUCAACCUCCUGUCCCACAAGGGUGACUUGAAAGCAACCUUCAGUUUGGGGAAAAUGCACUACGAAGGUGCCCGUGGACUUCCUCGUAGUUUUCGACGAGCUAUGAAGUAUUUCAAUAUUGUGACGAAGAAAUAUUGGGCAAAGGAUGGAUCUAUCAGUCCUAACCCACCAGCAGGACUUGACAAGCUGGCUGCCAAGGCGGCAGGACAUAUGGGUCUCAUGUUUCUUCGUGGCGAGGGGGUUGAUCAGAGCUUUCCAACUGCUCUCGCUUGGUUCCGACGUGGCAUCGAAAAUGGCGACGCUCUUUGCCAGCACCAGAUGGGGCUGAUGUACCUCCACGGCUAUGGAGUCCCCCAAGACGCCUAUAAAGCGGCCUCUUACUUCAAGGUUGCUGCCGACCAGGAUCUUCCGGCAUCGGAAACACGACUUGGUGCCCUGUUUUUGGACCAAGGAGAUGUAGCGACCGCGACACGAUACUUCGAUCUCGCCGCCCGUUGGGGAUGGAUGGAGGCUUACUAUUAUCUCGCUGAAAUGGCGCACUUCGGUGUUGGUCGGCAACCACACUGUGGCGUCGCUGCGGCUUAUUAUAAAUUGGUCGCAGAGAAAGGCGAAGCAAUUCACUCGGCAUUCGUCGAGUCCAACACUGCCUAUGAGGCUGGAGACAAUGAAGCUGCUCUUAUUCCGGCCAUGAUGGCUGCCGAACAGGGAUAUGAACAUGCGCAAGCAAAUGUGGCAUUUAUACUUGACGAGCAGCGCUCUCUAUUUUCUCUGGAUUCCAUCCUGCCGUGGGUGAAGAAAACCCGGUCAUCCUUAAUGCGUAACACUGCACUUGCACUGAUCUACUGGACCAGGUCGUCCAAGCAGGCCAACAUCGAUUCCUUGAUCAAGAUGGGUGACUAUUAUCUGGCUGGCAUGGGGACAGUGCGUGAUGCUGAUAAGGCAUCGACCUGUUACCACAAUGCGGCUGAGGCAUACCACAGCGCACAGGCAUACUGGAAUCUAGGUUGGAUGCACGAGAAUGGCGUUGCGGUGCAGCAGGAUUUCCAUAUGGCUAAGCGGUAUUAUGACCUAGCUCUUGAGACCAAUUCUGAGGCGUAUCUUCCAGUCAAGCUCAGCUUAAUGAAACUGAGGGCCCGGGGGUACUGGAACCGCAUUACGAACGGAAACGUGAAUCCGAUUCGUGAUGAUGAAGGUAUGUGGAUCUCUCAAGUAUACAGCGCCUGCCAUUUACUGACUCUUUUCUUUUCCUUUUUUGCAUUAGAUGUUCGGCCCCGUCGUACCUUCAAAGAAUGGAUUCAGGCCUUUAUCGAGAAUGAGGCGCAGUACUAUGAUGCACUCUAUGAGGGACAGGAAAAUGAUGAAGAAUAUGCUGGAUCACGAACCCUGGACGGAGAGCACGAGGAUGGAUACUACGAUGACCUCGAAUUCGAUCUUGAUGAGGGGAUGCUAGAAGGUCUUCUUAUCGUCGGACUUGCGGCGACUCUCUUGGUGCUCGUCUACGUCCGACAGCAACAGCAGCGUAAUCGUCAGAACCAAAACGCCGCGAAUCAGGGAGAUGGGAAUGUGAACAAUGCGAAUGCAAAUGCGAAUGACCGUGGUUUCUUCCCACGGCCUGGCGAUCCGGAAUUUGGGCAGUGGGUAGCAGGAGGCGUUGGCCAUUGA